ACGUGGCAUGCUUUCUCAUGCCAGCGGCGAAAUGGUUCCUGACAAGAUGACAGUUGCAUAUGUCCGCACACUGAAAAAGAAACGAGUACUCUGGCCAUUGCGCAGCGAAGACACCGUCUCUGUCCACGCAUGGGAGGCGCCAUGGUCAUGAAUACCACCGACGACAAUGCAACAGCCCCCGUUGUACCGCUGCUAGUCGCAUCCAACCUCGUCGUAGCGUCACUGCUAGUCUCUUCGCUACCGUUUCUAUGGCGGCUUGGAGGUACCGUCCUCUGCUGCGCAAUAUGGCUCGCUGCGUAUUGCGGAGGCUCAGGAGACUACCCGACGGGGUGUGUGUUGACGAUACAGGCAUGCACUGCCCUCUAUCUUCUCUGGAUGACGAACCCGAUUCGCGACUUCCGGCACGAGCGCGAUUAUACGGCACCGGAUGAAUUACCCUUCCUACGUCGAGUGCACUGGGCGCUAUGUAUCAUGAACAACCCUCGAGGUGUGGGGUGGAACUACCAGGUUGCGAACGUACCACCCCCACCGAGUGAGUCUCGGUGGUAUUUCGUGCGCCGACGGUUGAGGCGUGCAUUCUACUACUACAUGCUCCUCGACCUGAUUCAAUGCUACGAACACCAGCAUCCAUUAUUUUCCCUUCGUGGCACCGGUGGGCCAUCAGUGACCUCGCAGGGCUAUCUCCUUCGCCCCGUUGAUGUUUUCGCGCGGGUGGCCAGCGUGGCGUUCGAGCUGGCAAUGCAGCACGCACUCUUUGCCGCGGCAAUGGUGACACUUGGUCUCUCUCUGCCGAGGGACUGGCCGGAUAUUUACGGUCGGUGGUCUGAUGCGUACACCGUGCGGCGUUUCUGGGGUCGUAGUUAUCAUCAGAUGCUACGCAGAGUGACGGCAUCGACCGGGAAGUUGGUCUGCCGGGUGCUAUCCCUCAGGUCAGGAUCAUGGGCAUCCUCAUACACCCAACUCUACGUCGGUUUCGCAGUCUCAGGGUUGAUCCACUGCGGUGGCGACUUCAUGGUCAACCGCAAGCUCGUCGGCGUCUCGUUCCCCUUCUUCAUUUCCCAGGCCGUCGCUAUCACCGUGGAAGACGCAGCGAUCGGCGCAGCCCACAGGGCGCGACUCCGCUUGCCCGCCGGACUCGUGCAUCUCAUCGGCUACAUAUGGGUGUUCAUAUGGAUGAACAUCUCAUGUCCGUGGUACAUCGACUGGAGCCUGAGGGAGGGGGUCAUCGACGUGGACCGGGUUCCUUUCUCUUUGAUUAGUCUAGUUUCUUCGGGCACGAACGCUGGGGCGGUCUUCUUCUACGCCAUUUUGUUCUCGAUGAAGUCGUAGAAGCGUUGGUUUGGCAUUUGAAGGACUCUGGGGAACUUGAUGUAGCGCCUGUAUAACAAUCGUAGAGGGACAAUGGGUUGUAGGGCCUCCUGCACCUGUACACAGUACGCUGUAUUUCAAACAUCGUUAGAAUGAUACAUUCAACACUG